AUGAAGGUAUUUAUCGUUUUUGCUCACCCAGAAUUAAAAUCUUUCAACGGUUCUUUUAUGAAAGCAACAGUUGAACAUUUAGAGAAGAAAGGGCAUGAAGUUAGGGUUUCAGAUUUGUAUAGAGAACAUUUUAAAUGUGUUGUUGAUGAAAAGGAUUUCCUAAACUUUAAAGAUGGUGAUAGAUUAAAAGUUGCUUUCCAAUCAUAUUUAGCUAACUCAGAAGGUAAAUUAACGGAGGAUGUAUAUAGAACUCAAGCUAAUUUAGCGUGGGCAGAUUUAGUGAUUUUUCAAUUUCCACUUUGGUGGUAUACUAUGCCUGCUAUUUUGAAAGGUUGGUUUGAAAGAGUUUACACUUGCGGGUAUGCUUAUGGGGUUGGUGUACAUGAUGAAACUCACUAUGGUGACAGAUUCGGUGAGGGAGUAAUGGAAGGUAAAAAAGCUAUUCUUGCUGUCACUGUUGGUGGUUCCAAAACCCACUAUAGUCCUAGAGGUAUUAAUGGUCCAAUCGAUCAUAUUUUAUUCCCAAUUACUCAUAAUAUUUUAUAUUAUCCAGGUUUCACCGUCUUACCAUCUCAUAUCACUUAUGAAACAGAUAAAGCAGGCGACAAGGAAUUUAAUGAUUCUUUAAAUGCCUUUUUAAACACCUUAGAUAACAUUGACACAGUCGUGCCAAUUGCCUUCCGUAGACAAAACUUUGGUGAUUAUGAAAUGCCUUCAUUACAAUUAAAGGAAGGUUUAGAACAACCAAAUGAAACUGGGUUUGAUAUUCAUAUUAAGAAAUAA